UCAGUUUACUCAUCUGUCAGGGGGACCUACUCUCCCGACUGUGAAGAUUAGAAAAGAAUAAUGCGGGCCCUGCACCUGGCUUGCUUGCUAGGUUAAUUCAGCUCUUCUCUCCCCACCCUUGGCAGUGUGUUUGUUUGGCGGGGAGGGGUGCCGGAGAAAGUCGCCCUUACUGUUACAGUGAUCGCGUCCCCUUUUCAAAAUUCACAUCCUCUUCGGAGGGGCCCUUGAUUGGCAAGCGGAGUCCCCGCCAGGUUUACCACGCUUUACACCCGACCUGGGGGCUGGGCUUUUGGUCUGAAAAGGCGGCUGGGGACGCGCAGAAGGCGCCAGAGCGGAGCAGGGGCGGGGUGGGCGGACGGCGCGGCGGAUUCCCGGAACCUCGGCGCUUUCGGUUUACUUAAGGGUUGCGGGGAAGGGGCGCACUCGGCCGGUCGGUGGAAGGAGUCGCCGCGCGCGCCGGGCCUGGAGCCCGCAGUUUCCGUAGCCCCUUAGCCCCCGACUGGGCCGCGUCUGCGUCCCUCUCCCCCUCGGUCCCGUCUCCCCGUCGCCAACCCCAAGCCCCCUGCGCGGUAGGUGCGGCGCAGCGGGCGGGCGCCCUCCCCGGCUGCGGCGCGGUGAGCGAGCGUGGCGGUCGGCGUCCCGCGAUCCCGGGCCUCCGCGGGCUCGCGCGUUAACCCCGUGCGGCGCUGAGAAAGCGAAGCGAAGUUCACGGCACUCGAACCCCAAGGCAGGUCAGAUUCCGGUGCUCAUCAUGUCCAGUUUUGAGGAUGUGGACACAGAAGAGACAGUAACUAGUCUCCACAUGACUCUUUACCAUCCUGGCCACCAGCGAAGUGGAAUAUUCCAAUCAAUAAAGUUUUGUAACCGAGAGACACUCCCCACCAGCGAAGUGGUGAAAUUUGGCCGAAAUUCUAGCACCUGUCGUUAUACCUUUCAGGACAAACAGGUUUCUCGAGUUCAGUUUUCUCUACAGCUGUUUAAAAAGUUUGAUAGUUCAGUUGUCUCUUUUGAAAUUAAAAAUAUGAGUAAGAAGACCAAUCUGCUUGUGGAUGACAAGGAGCUGAGCUACCUAAAUAAAAUGGAUCUUCCAGACAAAUGCCUGAUUAGGUUUGGCGACUAUCAGUUCCUGGUCGAGAAGGAAGAUGGAGAGUCAUUAGAAUUUUUUGAGAUUCAGUUUUUUUUGUCAAUAAGACCACUCCUGCAAGAAAACAAGUGGCUUCCCCAGAAGCCCACACCUGAGUGUGGCAGCUGUUCACCCUGUUCCACUCAAAACAACUCUCCCAUGGAAGCGGGUGAAAAUGAGUGGUAAAUGCUGAAAGCUAAGAGAAUUAUGAAGGACGAAGAACUCCGUACUCGUUUUAUAGGCAUUCCACUUACUACGUUUCUUAGUAUUUUUACUGUUAUUUGUUAAAGCUAAGUUUGAGAUCUGGCAUUACUGUUUGAAGUCUGCAAACUGUGUUAGCAGUUGAUUGAGUCACCCGUUGCAUUGCUGGAUGUAUGAAGAAUUUUUCUUAAGUGUAUAUAUGUGAGCAUGAAUGUACAUGUAUUCUUCGUGAUGAAGAACAGUGUUCUCAAACUAAGGUUAUGUUCUUUUCUUUUUAUGCCGGAUUUUGUUCCUAUGUUUUGUAUUGUUUCAUUUUGAUUUGUACGUUACCGUCUCUUGGUUUGGUCAUGUUAUCUCACAGCAGCCAUUUGUUUUCAAGGUCAAGGCUACAAGCAAAUUAUUAUGUGUGUUGUAGCCUGUUGGCAUUUAUAGUACCAGAGUAUUAGAACAGGGCAUGUGUUUUAGUGUGUGUGCCACUGAGGUUUUAAUAUGGGAAGACUUAUUUGAGCAAUAAUACCUUGAUUUUCUGUGUUUUGUUUUAUCUAUAGAAUUAUAGUGUUUAUUCCCAAGAAUACAGUUCUCCUUUUCUAUAUUCAGUAUCUGAAACUGAUACUUUAAACAUUCCAAUGAACCACUGUUUAGAAUUAUUAUUUUGUGUACCAACUUUUAGUUUUUAAGUGUACUACAGGGUUUUUAACUCCAUGAAUUCAAAAUUUUAACAACAGCUAUGUACCUAAUAAAGUCAGUCUAAUUCUCUAACC